AGUGCUGGGAUUACAGGCUUGCGCCACCACGCCCGGCAUAAAUAUUCUCUUUCAAGUGGAAAAAUGCAUGAGAAGGACUGACUUCUCAUGUUUUCUGUUGUUAUUUUAGGUCAAGACCUUGUAUGACUGAGCCUGACGAUCUGUUCAGAUUCUCCUCCGAAGUGAGACUUUCCAAAGGACCAAUGACUCUGUUUCUUGAGCCCUUGGAGUUCUUCCUACUCUGUAGCUAUGUCUCGAUCUCGCCACACAAGACCGUCCAGAUUAGUCAGGAAGGAAGACAUAAACAAAAAGAAGAACAGCCGAGUGAAGAAGACCCACAAGCCAGCAGCCAGCAAAAAUGUGACACUGGUCAAGCCUGCCAGCCCUGGGAAGCUAAAGCAAUUUAUUCAAGAAAGAGAUGGUAAGAAAAAAACGGAACCCAAACCUCUGGUGCCAGCCAGAAGCCUUCUGACCCGAGCUGGGGCAGCCCGCCUGAAUCUGGAUCGCACUGAGGUUCUGUUCCAGAACCCGGAGUCCCUAACUUGCAAUGGCUUCACGAUGGCUCUGCGCAGCACCUCUCUCAGCAGGCGGCUCUCCCAGCCCCCAGUGGUCGCCGCCAAACCCAAGAAAGUCCCACCUUCCAGAAGUUCACAAAAGCAGCGUGAGCGUGACCGUAAGGUCCUUGCUGAUGUGGGAGUGAGCCAUUCGGAAAACGACCCAGCCCCAAAUCCCGAGCCGCCUGUCCCCCUCGAUACAGAGGAUCUCCUCCGCGUACAAAAUGCGUCUUUAGUUAAAGGUGAGAGUCCAGAGACCGCGCAGCCUCGGUCUCAAACUCUAGAGGAACCCCAAACCAGUGUCCCCGCCCCCAGAACCCCAGCCGCCGAGACCCUGCCUGAGCCGCCAGAAAGGCCGCCCUGUGGGCCCGGACUUGUCUGCGAGCAGAGCGCGAAGGACAGCAGCGCGGCCUCGAGUGCGCCGGCCCCGGACCCUCCGCGCUGCGGAUCGGGCACGGCUCCUCCGGCACCAGCCUCCACCCUGAGCGUCGCGGGCACUGCCCCUGCCGGCGCCCCCAAGGCUGGGAGUGCCCGGGCCAGCGCGGCAGCUCCCGAGAGGAAGAAGCGCAAGCGCUGCGGGCUGUGCGGGCCCUGCCAGCAAAAGGCCAGCUGCGGGGAGUGCACGCACUGCAGGAACCGGAAGCACAGCCACCAGAUCUGCAAGCGGAGGAAGUGCGAGGAGCUGAAGAAGAGGCCUGCGGCCCUGCUGCCUUUGGAGGUUAUAAAAGAAAACAAGAGGCCCCAGAGGGAAAAGAAGCCCAAAGUUUUAAAGGCAGAUUUUGACAGCAAACCAGUAAAUGGCCUCAAGUCAGAAUCCAUGGAAUACAGUAGCGGUGGUCAUGGGGAAGAACAAAGAUUGGAACUGAACACACAGCCCCUGGAAAAUGUGACAAAAAAUGAAGAAAGCAUGACAGGUGUUGAGGUGGAGAAGUGGACGCAGAACAAGAAAUCACAUUUAACUGAGCACGUCAAUGGCGACUUCGGCACGCAUGUCACCAAAGCUGAGAAAUCAAAGCAGCCUGAGGAUGACAAGAAACAAACCAAGCCUCCAAAAUUGUUCGCACAAACAGUAAGAAAUGGCAUUAAAAAUGUGCCCUGUCUAUCAGCUGAGGCAAACGCACCAUUUAACAAAUUCAGUAUUGAAGAAUUUGGCAAGGCAUUGGGAAAUCAUCCCUACAAACUCCUGAAAGACGCUGCAAACCAGAAUAAUGCCAUGAACCCCACAGUCUCUAGUACGAGCUGUGAUCGCCUCAAGGACAAGAGGAACAUCUUUGUCUUCCAGAAGCCUGGCUUUAAUUGCAAAUCUGAAGAUUGUUCACACUUUAACAGUCAGACCUUCACACACAGUGAAGGUGACCAGCCUAAAACCACUGAGGUCAGAGCAUGUAAGGAGCCUAGAGGUGGCUCCCCCAUGCAGCCCACUCUCCUUUCCCUCAUGAAAGACCGGAGGUUGACACUGGAGCAGGUGGUUGCCAUCGAGGCCCUGACGCAACUCUCCGAAGCCCCAUCAGAGAACUCCUCACCAUGCAAGUCAGAGAAGGAGGAGGAGACAGCUCAGAGAACAGCCAGUUUGCUUCACAGCUGCAAAGCCAUCCUCUAUUCCGUGAGAAAAGAUUUGCGAGACCCCAACUUGCGAGAGCCGCAGAGCGUUCCUCCUUGUCCAUCUGUAGAGAAGCAAGGUUUGCGCCCCACAGCGGUGUUCAACGGCCAGAACACCCUGUCCAAGCCACAGCUUGGCUCUGCCACUAACCAAGCACCCACCAAGCCACCUGAACAUUCAGAAGUCGAAAAUUUUACAUCUUUUUUAAUACCGAAAUCCAAUUCAUUGAAAAUUGAUACUAGUGAAAGUGUCACGGGAAAUAGAUCUGGUCUUGAUGAUGGUUCUCAGAAUUUGCAUCACAUGUCAGAAAGUAGUAAAUUGGGAUAUUGUAAUCAAUUGCCAGACUGUAGUAAAAAUUUGAAUUCCAAAGAAGAUCCAUUAAGUCAGGACACACCUUACAGCCAAAUUGAGGAAGACGUUGCAACACAAUUAACACAACUUGCAUCAAUAAUUAAAUGCAAUUAUAUAAAAGCAGAGGACGAUAAUGACAAGAGUUCACCAACAAGCCUUGUUGCCCGAAAUACACAGCAAAAACAUAGUCAGGAGGAGGGUGCCGUGCUACAGAAGCCAUCUCCAAGUGCACAAAGCAAUCAUGGCUUAGCAUUAGCAAAGCAAAAGAACACAGCCCCUAAAAAGACCAAGUCCACCCCUGUAAGAGAUCGGCGGAAGAAGAAGCCUGCUGUCAUAACCUGUCAAGAAAACGAUCAGAAGCAGCGGGAGCAGCUGUCCUAUGAGUAUAGUAAGUUACAUGACAUUUGGAUCGCGUCCAAAUUUCAAAGAUUUGGUCAGUUUGGCCCGCAUGAUUUUCCUCUUCUGUUGGGAAAAAUUCCUCCUUUUUCCAAAGUUUUGAAACCGCUGGCUCAAGCCAGUACCACCCUACAACACAAAAGAUUAUUUCCUCCCCUCAGUCAGAUCAAAUUUGAGCGAGAUCCUGAAUUAGCACAGAAGAAGACGGUGAAGGUUGAACCGCUGGAUUCACUUCCAGUGUUUCCUGUUGAGACCAGUUCUCACGGGCAGGCACGUGCGGAUAAAGCGCCCAUUUCUCAGGUACCGGCAGCAGUCAACGGCAACCCGAAAGCUCACCCCUUGCCCCCACCCUCCUGUCUACCUAACCAGUGUGCUAACCUGGUGGCCGGCAGUGACCCAACACAGUUUCUGCAGGAUGCCCAAGAGCACCUCAUGCCACAGACGCUGGCAGCGCCGCCUGCCGUCUCUCCCGAGACCCCCCUGCCAGACCCCACACAAAUUCUCAGGAACCUGAACGUAGUUAGUUCAGGCGGAAUUACAGUGGUUGCUAGCAGAAGUGAAGAGGAAGUCUGCUCACCUGGUGUGGCAGCGCCCGAGUGUUCCCCUGUAGACAGUGCGCAGAGGGAUUUCCACGAUUAUGCCGUGAAGUUCCUCACCAGUCCUGCCAAAAACCUUGUGGCUGCGACAAAAGAUACAGAAGUGCCAGCCUGCGACUGUCCUGAUCGAGGGAUACAAAAAGACAAAGGCCCAUAUUAUACACACCUGGGGGCAGGACCAAGUGUUGCUGCUGUCAGGGAAAUCAUGGAGACUAGGUACGGCCAAAAAGGAAAGGCAAUAAGGAUAGAAAAAGUUGUGUACACAGGAAAAGAAGGGAAAAGCUCUCAGGGGUGUCCUGUCGCUAAGUGGGUUAUCAGAAGAAGCAGUGAGGAAGAGAAGGUUCUUUGUUUGGUCCGGCAGCGCCCAGGCCACCAGUGUGAGACUGCUGUGAUAGUGGUGCUCAUCAUGUUGUGGGAUGGCAUCCCUCUGCCGAUGGCGGACAGGCUGUACACGGAGCUCACUGAGAACCUAAAGUCAUACAAUGGUCACCCGACAGACCGAAGAUGUACCCUCAAUGAAAAUCGUACCUGCACGUGUCAAGGGAUUGACCCAGAGACCUGUGGAGCUUCAUUCUCUUUCGGCUGUUCAUGGAGCAUGUACUUCAACGGGUGCAAAUUUGGUAGAAGCCCAAGUCCCAGAAGAUUUAGAAUUGAUCCAAGUUCUCCCCUACAUACCUACUAUGAAAGAAUUACUAAAGGACGUAAUCCAGAAAGAAGAUAUGUGAGACCGGAACGAGUCUGUAAGGAACACGUGGCCAUGGAAAAAAACCUGGAAGAUAAUUUACAGAGUCUGGCUACAGAAUUAGCUCCAAUUUAUAAGCAGUAUGCUCCUGUUGCUUACCAAAACCAGGUGGAGUAUGAACACGUUGCCCGAGAAUGCCGGCUUGGUCGCAAGGAAGGGCGUCCUUUCUCUGGGGUCACUGCCUGCCUCGACUUCUGUGCACACCCACACCGGGACAUCCACAACAUGAACAACGGGAGCACUGUGGUCUGCACUCUGACCCGGGAAGACAACCGCUCCCUGGGUGUGGUCCCUGAGGAUGAGCAGCUCCACGUCCUCCCUCUGUAUAGACUGUCUGACACCGACGAGUUUGGCUCCAAGGAAGGCAUGGAUGCCAAGGUGCGGUCAGGGGCCGUGCAGGUCCUGCAGCCCACACGCAGGAAGAGGAUGCGCUUCACGCAGCCAGUGCCCCGCUCCGGGAAGAAGCGGGCAGCGAUGAUGAGCGAGGUCCUGGAGCGCAAGAUCAGAGCCGUGGAGAGGAAGCAGAGUCCUCGGGUCAAGCGGAAGAACAACUCUGCUGUGGCCAGUAACAGCAAGGCAACAUCACUGCCUGUCCCAGGUUCAGACAACACUAAAAGCUAUUCAUCGGUCCCAUCCGUUCCUCACCCCGUGAAAGAGGCAAACCUGUCUCCAGUCUUCUGCCCCCUGACGCCUCCUCCCCUGACCGCACCUGCAGUUAGGCACCCUAAGAUAGGCCCACCGGGGGGCCGCGACUCCCCGCCCGCCCCGUCGCGGAGGGCGCUCACGCCCACCCGCGACCACGUGGUCACCGUGUCCCCGUACGCGCUCACGCACGUCGCGGGCCCCUACAACCGCUGGGUGUGAGCCCGCCGCGCCCGACGCCCGCGCGGUGCGUUUUCAAGGUGCUGUCACAAGGAAGUCCCGUUGUCGUUUACUGUGUCUUCAUCUCACCCAUUUCAAAUCUGAGCUAAAAAAAAAAUCUUUAAAUGGGGUGGGUACUUAACUGUGACUAUAUUUUGACAAUUGGUAGAAGGUGCACAUUUUAAGCAAAAAUAAAAGUUUUAUAGUUUUAAAUACAGUAAGAAAUGUUUUGGUUAGGUGUUAACCUUGAUAGAAUCACUCAGUUUGGUGCUUUAAAUUAAGUCUGUUUACUAUGAGACGAGUCAUUUUUAGAGGAAAUUAACAAAUUCAUGUUCUCUGAAGUGAAAUCAAGACACACAGUGUUAACUCUACACAGCUCCUGGUGCUUAACCAAAUCGACACAGUUAAAAAUAAGCUGAAUUAUUAUUUCAUGGUGCCAUUGUUCCAACAUCUUCCGAUCAUUGCUAGAAAAUUGGUAUAGUCCUUGAAACCUUGAAAUAAAUCAUUGAAAUGCUUUCUCUUAAAAUACUUGCUCCUGUAAAAAAGAAUUCAUUUUUGUUAGUAAUGGUUGGAGGCUGUUCAUAAAGUGUAAAUAUAUAUUUUAAAAGCACUUUCUAUUUUUAAAAGUAACUUGAAAUAGUAUAGUAUAAGAAUCCUAUUGUCUAUUGUUUGUGCAUAUUUGCAUACAAGAGAAAUCAUUUAUUCUUGCUGUGUAGAGUUCCAUCUUGUUAACUGCAGUGUGUAGUCGAAUCGUGUAUGUGGUUUAUGUUCUUUUAGUAUGUCCUUUCACAUUACGUAUUAGCUACUUAUGUAAAAUAGUUAAUCUCUAAAAUUGGAAUUAGGACACAUUAUCACCAAUACUGAUUUUUUGUUUGUUUGGGUUUUGUUUUUUUGUUUGUUUGGGUUUGGGGUUUUUUGUUUGUUUUUUCUUAGAACUAAAAGAGUGUGGUCAACAAUAGCCUCAAGUUUCUUUUUCCUAGCUUCAUCAGUAUAAGCCAUGAAAGAUGUUUCCAAAAGAAAAAGGGACAAAAUGGAAUUCAGAACAGUCAAAUGCUUCUGAUGUUUCAGGGUGAUAAAACACAAAAGUUAAGUAGUAGUCAGAACUCUACCCAUCCCAAAUUGCCUUGAUUGUUCUGAAAUCCAAUCUAAUGAAGAAUAAGAGAAAAAAAAAUCCUGUGGAAAUCUUUUGAAAACAAGUCCUCCAUUAUCAUCGCAUCUCCCCAUCUUUUGGUCAAAUAAUAGAAAUGGUAUUAUGAACAUCUUGUCCAUUUAGAACUAAUCCAUUCAUUAAUCAAUAGGAUUUGGAGAAAUGCUAACUUGACCUUUUAAAAUCGCCUACGUUGUAGGUAACAAGAAAAACAGUCCUCCCGUGUGUUUUACCAUUCCCACUUUUUCUCAUUAUUUUCUUGACCUGUGUUUAUAGCAACACACAAAGGAUUGCCCAAACAAAACGUUUAGAACAAGAACCUUCAGUGAAAUACUUGAUGCUGUUAAAAUGCAGAGGUGCUAUAGCAUUCACAGUGUUAGACUCUCUGGGAGUACAGAAGCCUGAAUGGUGCUUCUCCCGUGGAAAUGCCAUAGGAAGCUUGGUUGCUAACACUCAUCACUGUGGUGCAAAUGCAAAGCUCUCUAAAGAAAAACUCAUUGUAACUUAUUAAAAUAAUAUAUAUGGUGCAAAGUAUCAGUUUAAAGCUUUUGACUUAUCCAAGUAAAGGAAUAUGAAGGGAUUGUAAAUAAUUGUAUGUCCAUUGAUAAACCAUCUUGUGCAAGUAGGUUUCUGCUUAUUGAAUAUGUAAAAUAGGACAAUUCAUUGACUUGUUUUAGUAUUUUGUGUGCCUUAGAGUUCAGUUUUAAAACAUGUAUAUUUUUUUGAGCCUAAGGUUUCUUAUACAUACGAGUAUAUAAGUGAUUGUUUAUUGCUUCAGCUGCUUCAGUAAGAUAUUUACUAGUAUUAGAUCAAGAAAACACCUUGUGUAAUUAGAUUUUAGGCCUUACCUCCCACUAGAAUUGUUUCCUCACCAGAUUUAAUGGAUAAAAUCUUACGGCCCUUUAUCCAUCUAUCCAUUCCUCCAAUGCACUCUUACUGAAUGCCUGCAAAAUUUAAGUAUCACUUUUGUUUUUCUUUGAAUCAGUACCUAUGACAUAUUAAAUACUUUUUUAAU